CAAAAAAUGCUCCCGCCGAGGGAUCAAAUAGACAGAGCGCUCCCGCGGUAGUAGCAUAUAAUUUUUGCAUCUUCGAGGAGAUCCCUCUCAUGAAUUCGGCUCUUUGCAGCAUUUCUCUAUCUGAGAGUAGAACAAAAAGCCCACGAAUUUUUCGAAAUCUCACCUAUUCUCCAUCAUUCAGGAUUUUAACGCCUUCUCUGAAAUUUAGGUUUUUCUACUCUACUACUUUUGCUGGUGAGUCUGGGAGAAUUGGAAUUUUCUUAGGUCUGAGCUUUCCUACAGUGACGGACGAUUGUAUUGUGAAAGACUGCAAAUUUGAAAUGAAGAAAUAUGGCCUCCAACUGAGAGCUCCUCCUCAAUCCAAGAAGCCUUUGAAAGCUCCUUUACCUCCUCCACCUGGCUUCCUCAACGAUGAUAGUGAUGAAGAAAAUGUUGAGAAUGAGAUUGCUCGACAUGCUGCAAAGAAAAGAUCCAUAAAAGAGGUUGAGGAUCUUCAUAAAAAAGCUCUUGAAGAGGAUCCUUCUGUAUUCGAUUAUGAUGGGGUUUAUGAUCAAAUGAAGUCUCAGAUAGCCAAUCCGAUCCAACAAGACCGACAAAAGAGAGAGUCAUUUUUUUUUAAGUCAAAAUACAUAGGCAAGUUGAUUGAGAAAGCCAAAAAAAGGGAGCAAGAACAUGAAAUAAUUUAUGAGAGGAAACUUGCGAAGGAAAGGGGCAAGGAGGACCACCUAUAUGAAGAUAAAGAGAAGUUUGUCACAAAUGCUUAUAAGAAGAAACUUGCUGAGCAAGCUAAGUGGUUAGAGGAGGAGCGAUUGCGAGAACUUCGAGAGGAGAAGGAAGAUGUAACCAAGAAGUCUGACAUGAGCGAUUUCUACGCCAACCUUUUGACUAAGAAUGUAGCGUUUGGUGCUAAAGCAAGCGCUUCGGAUAGGACAUCCAGAAAACCUGCACCCCUUGAGGAGCCAAGACACAGUGCAAACUCACCUCAUGUUGGCCUUGAAGAUUCAAAAGAGAGUGUAGGUGCAUCUCAGAUGCAAGAACAUUCUAGCACACCUCCAGUGGAAAUGCAAAAUCAUCAAGCGGAGAGACACAGUGAUAACCCCUCAUAUGCUGAGUCAGUGUUGCAUCCUUCUCUCUCUGAAAAUGUUGAAAAUAAACAUGUUUCGGCUGGUGAAGUUGAUACUUCGGUUGAAGGUGAGAGACGGCCCCAAUAUAAGAGAAGCGAGGAUGCUUUAGCUGCUGCUAAAGAGCGGUACUUGGCUCGUAAGAGAGCAAAAGAAUAGUAGAGCCUUGUUUUUUCUCUCUCCACAAAAGUAGAGCCUUGUUUUUUUUCUCUCCACAAAAAUAUCAUCGGUUGGUUUUCCAUCGCUACUUGGUGGCAGAUACACUGGCUUCUGGUUCUGACGAAUAGUGAUUGGUAACAGGUCUUGGUGCAGCUUUCAACACUCCCAUGUCUAUACUUCGUUUUGUUUAUUCUCUCUGUCUCUCUCUUACUGCUGUUCCUCUUGCUCCUUAACGCUACUUUUUUAUCCACUUCUUGUUUCAUCAUCUGUGCUCAUUUUUUAUUUUCACUACUGACAUGUAGCUUUUUGUUUGUGUGCUCUGAACACAUUUAGAUGUAUGCACUUACUGAUAGAAUUGUUAUUUAUGGAAAAGAAAAUCAUGAGUGCCAUGUGUAGAAUGGUCGGGUCAUUGGCACUCUUUUAUAUGCA